UUUGAAUUAAACUACCUCAUAAAGUUUAAUUGAAAUAACAACUAAUAAACACAAUGUCUGCCAUCAAGAGAAUUAUCCCCAUGUUGGACCGCGUUUUGGUUAAGCGUGCCGAAACUUUGACCACCACCAAGGGUGGUAUUGUUUUGCCCGAAAAGGCCCAAGGCAAGAUGAUGGAAGGCACAGUUAUUGCUGUUGGUCCUGGUGCCCGUAAUGCUCAAACUGGUGAACACAUCAAACCCGCCGUCAAAGAAGGUGAUCGCAUUUUGUUGCCUGAAUUCGGUGGCACCAAGGUCGAAAUGGAAGACAAAAAGGAAUAUUUGCUUUUCCGUGAAUCUGACAUUUUGGCCAAAUUGGAAUAGAUUU